AUGUUAGAUUCAGAAUUAAAACCAAACAGCCAAUUGGCACAUUCAGUACGUGCACAUAUGGCUGAAGUAUUUGAUGAUAUAUCAUCUUGUGACUUCUAUCUAAAUGAUAUGUCUCCACCUAUUGCGAAUGGUCCAAGAAAAAUACAAGGGCGUGAAAAUUUUAAUCCUUCAUCUGUCAGUGAUACAGUCAAUAAUAAAUUCAAUUCUGAGCAGUUCAAUACCAAUAUUAGUUUACCUAUUGGCGGUGGUAAUCGCACUGGCGACUGUAGUGGUGGUAUAAAAUUAUCGAAGAAAUUAAAUAAAUCAAGUCAAGCUGUUUGGGAACGUGAAUUUGGAUCAUUGUUUUUUGUUUAAUUCAUCAAUCAUUCCCUUUUCUUUUUACAGAGGUUCUCACUUUUUUCGAUGUUGUUCCGUCUCCGUCAUGUCCUCAUUCUG